AUGUUGUGGGUUUCUGGGUCGGAGCACAUCAAAUUACAACGCUUUCUGUUUUUUGACUUUCCUUUCGGUAAGUCGAAUGUUUUUGUGGGGGCUGGAGGGGCUACUGUAGGGCACAAAGCAUAGAUUAGGAAUAGUUUUCAUGGGAAUUGCUAUUGAUAGGCAUUAUGGCUUCUUUGAAAGCAGAAAUUGACAGCCAGGAUAACUCAAUGUCCCAACCUAAGAGCAGGUAGAGGCUUCGUGUAUAUCGCCUCAUGUGCCUGUUCGCCUUGUAAAACAUCAUGACACCUUCAACAUCGUCACCUUUAGUAUCCGAAAAUCUACGCCUCUAAUUUCAGACAAAAUGCUCACCAAGAUUGUUCUCUCCCUCCUCGUCGUGGUACUCGCAGUAAGCGUCGUUGAGGCACAGUGGGGCUAUGGCUACCCCGGAUUCGGAUACGGAGGAUAUGGCGGCUACGGUGGAUGGGGCCGACCAUGGGGAGGCUAUGGAGGUUGGGGCCGACCAUGGGGCGGCUACGGCGGAUGGGGCCGACCAUGGGGCGGAUACGGCGGAUGGGGCCGUGGAUUCUACGGAAAGAAAUAA